AUACCGCCAUUUGUAAAGUUUCGGCGGAUUUGCUCUUAGUCGUUGCAGUUGCGAGUAGCUCUCGUUAAGUUUUUGUGCUAUAAAACCUUAUUAGAACAAAGAAUAGAAAAUGGCAAAGGCACCAGCUGUAGGAAUCGAUCUUGGCACAACUUACUCCUGUGUUGGCGUCUUCCAACACGGAAAGGUUGAAAUCAUUGCCAAUGACCAGGGUAACAGAACGACGCCCUCAUAUGUUGCCUUCACAGAUACGGAGCGUCUGAUUGGGGAUGCUGCCAAGAACCAAGUGGCCAUGAACCCCAACAACACAAUUUUUGACGCCAAACGUCUGAUUGGAAGACGGUUUGAUGACCCUACAGUGCAAGCUGACAUGAAGCAUUGGCCAUUCGAGGUCAUGAACGAUAGCACCAAACCUAAAAUUAAAGUAGACUACAAAGGAGAAUCGAAGACUUUCUUCCCUGAAGAAAUCAGUUCCAUGGUCCUCACCAAAAUGAAGGAAACUGCUGAAGCCUAUUUAGGUAAAUCAGUCACCAACGCUGUUAUUACAGUGCCAGCUUAUUUCAAUGACUCUCAACGUCAAGCAACAAAGGACUCUGGAACUAUCUCAGGUCUUCAGGUUCUCAGAAUCAUCAAUGAACCAACUGCGGCCGCAAUUGCGUAUGGUCUUGACAAGAAAGGGCAAGGAGAACGCAACGUAUUGAUUUUCGAUUUGGGUGGUGGAACUUUCGAUGUGUCCAUCUUAACUAUUGAGGAUGGUAUCUUCGAAGUAAAGUCUACUGCUGGAGACACUCACUUGGGAGGUGAAGAUUUCGAUAACAGGAUGGUCAAUCACUUUGUGCAGGAAUUCAAGCGCAAGUACAAAAAGGACCUCGCCUCCAACAAGAGAGCCCUGAGACGGCUCAGAACUGCCUGUGAAAGGGCGAAGAGGACUCUGUCUUCUUCAACCCAAGCCAGCAUCGAAAUCGAUUCCUUGUUUGAAGGAAUCGACUUCUACACCUCCAUCACCCGUGCCCGUUUCGAAGAAUUGAAUGCCGAUCUGUUCCGUUCCACCAUGGAACCUGUUGAAAAGGCCAUUCGCGAUGCUAAGAUGGACAAAUCCCAAGUCCACGACAUCGUGUUAGUAGGAGGCUCCACCCGUAUUCCCAAAGUCCAGAAAUUGCUUCAGGACUUCUUCAACGGAAAGGAGCUGAACAAGUCGAUCAACCCUGACGAGGCUGUUGCGUAUGGUGCGGCCGUGCAAGCUGCCAUUUUACAUGGUGACAAGUCUGAGGAGGUGCAAGAUUUGCUUCUUCUGGAUGUUACUCCCUUGUCGUUGGGCAUUGAGACUGCCGGAGGUGUGAUGACCGCCCUCAUUAAGAGGAACACCACCAUUCCCACCAAGCAGACUCAGACCUUUACCACCUACUCUGAUAAUCAGCCUGGAGUGCUCAUCCAAGUGUACGAAGGUGAGCGUGCCAUGACGCGCGACAACAACUUGUUGGGUAAAUUCGAGCUCACCGGAAUUCCACCAGCUCCCCGUGGCGUGCCACAGAUCGAAGUAACCUUCGACAUUGAUGCUAACGGUAUCCUCAAUGUUACGGCUAUUGAAAAAUCCACCAACAAGGAGAACAAGAUCACCAUCACCAACGACAAAGGCCGCCUUAGCAAGGAGGACAUCGAGCGGAUGGUCAAUGAAGCCGAAAAGUACAGGAAUGAGGACGAGAAACAAAGAGGAAACAUUUCGGCCAAGAACGCUUUGGAAUCCUACUGCUUCAACAUCAAGAGCACCAUGGAGGAUGACAAAAUCAAGGAGAAGAUCAGCGACAGCGAGAAACAAACUGUUUUGGACAAGUGCAACGAGAUCAUCGGGUGGUUGGACGCCAACCAGCUUGCUGAUAAGGAAGAAUACGAACACAAACAGAAGGAACUGGAGGGAAUUUGCAACCCCAUCAUUACUAAGUUGUACGGAGGGGCCGGCGCACCACCUGGUGGUAUGCCUGGCGGAUUCCCAGGUGGAGCGGGUGCUGCACCUGAAGCUGGCGGCGCUGCUGGAGGUGCCGGACCAACAAUUGAAGAAGUCGAUUAAGAGUUGGAAUUUUUUUAUUCUUGAUUUAAUAUACUUUUUAUAAUGUUCCGAAUUUGGCAUGGCAACUAGUUUCUAAAUUCGCGUUAUUUUAAAGGUAUUAAACGUUCUAUGAUUUAA